AUGAAUAUGAAUGAUAAUGUUCCCAACAAAAAUGAAGAGAAAGAAAAAAAUGAUAAUAUGCAUGAAAAUGAAGAGAAAGAAGAUGAGAUUAGCAAAAAUAAAAAAGAAGGAAAUGAUAAAUAUGAUUUUUAUUCUUUAGAUAAUGAAUCAAGUGAUGGAAGCUAUGGACCAGCUCCUUUAGAAGAAAUAAAUGAUAGUUGUGAAGUAGAUGAUCCAUAUGAUAAAAAUUCUGAAGAUUUAAUGAAUAACAAGAAAAGUUCUAUAUAUGUAAAAAAAGUAGAAAACGAAAGUGACGGAGAAAAAAAAAAGGAAAAUAUAUCAAAUAAAAGAAAAAUUACAAAAAUAAGCAAAAAUAAAAAAAAAGCUAGAAUAAAUAAUGAUAUAUAUCUAAAGAAUAUUCCUACUAAUAAGAAUUACGAAAUAAGUUAUAUGCAUACAGAUACUGUAACUCAAGUUCUUGUGAGUAAUAAAAAAAAAUAUAUAGUAACAGGAAGUGCUGAUGGAGUGAUAAAAUUUUGGUAUAAAAAUGUAGGCUCUAUUGAAUUUGUGAAACAUUUUAAAAUUCAUUCAGAUGAGAUUAUUUGUUUGUUUAUUUCAGAAGAUGAAGAGGUAUUAGGUAGUUUAUCAAAAGAUAAAACUUACAAGCAAUUUGAUAUUAGUAGCUUUGACAUGAAUAUAAUUAUAAAAUUAGAUUUUGCUCCUCAAACAGGAGAGUUUAUAUAUUCAUCUCUUUUCUCCACUUCUGUAAAAGUUGCUAUAUCUUCAAAUGAAAAACCAUGCAUAUAUAUUUACAAGCCUUUAGAAAGUGACACAUGUAUGCAAGUAAUAAAUUUUAGUUGUAACAUUAUUGAAAUUAUAAAGUAUAAUAAAUUUUACGAUUUAUGCAUAUUAAGUGAUAAUAAUGGGCUCAUUGACAUUGUUGAUGCAACUUAUUUUAAAUUUCCUAAAUAUGAACAUGAUAAUACAAAAAACCAAAAAAAUAAUGAAACGAAUACUAAUAAAUCUAAUAAAAGAUACAAUAUAAAGAAAUUAGGAUUUUCUUUUAAAAGUGAAACAGAUUUAUAUGAACUGUGCAAGUAUAAGACAUAUGCAUUAUGCAUAAGCUUAAGUUUAGAUGGUAAAUUUAUGGCUGUUUUAUCAGAAAACUAUUUUUUACGAAUAUAUAAAUUUAAAACUAUGAAAUUAUAUAGGGUUUAUGAUGAAAGUACAGAAAUGUAUCUAACAGCUCAAAAUGAUCCCUUAAAAAAAGAUUUGCAUAUAGAUAGUUUAGAUUUUGGAAAAAGACUAUUUAUUGAAAAAGAAAUAAAAAAAGUUAUGAAAAAUCAGAAUAUAAAAUUGGAUAUGAUUAUUUUUGAUGAAUCAAAUCAAUACAUAAUAUAUUCUACUUUUAUUGGUAUAAAAGUUGUUAAUUUUACCACUAAUCAAUUAUGUUACAUAAUUGGAAAAAAUGAAACCAAUUUACGCUACUUAUCCCUUUCAUUAUACCAAAAAAUAAUACCAGUAAACAAAAUUAGAGCAAAUGUUCAUGAAUCUCUAUAUAUAAAUGAAAAAAACAUAUCUGAUUGUGCUUUAUUUUGCACUGUUUAUAAAAAAUCAAGAUUUUAUGUUUUUACAAAAAAGGCAUUAAACGAACAUGAAUUAGAAGAAAGAGAUAUAUAUAAUGAGCAGCCAACAAAAAAUGAUUUAAAUUCUUUCUUGUCUACGCCUUUGAAAAAUAUAGAAAAUAGUACUAAAAUCCCUAAAAGUGCAAUAAUUUAUACAACUAUGGGAGAAAUAUAUAUUAAUCUUUUUUAUAAAGAAUGUAAAAAAACUGUACAAAAUUUUUCUGUUCAUUCACAAAACGGAUACUAUAAUAAUUGCAUAUUUCAUCGAGUUAUCAAGCAUUUUAUGAUUCAAACUGGGGAUCCCUCAGGAGAUGGUACAGGAGGGGAAAGUAUCUGGGGUCAUGAAUUUGAAGAUGAAUUUUUCGAUCAUCUGAAUCAUUCCAAACCUUUUAUGGUCUCUAUGGCAAACUGUGGCCCCAAUACUAAUGGAUCUCAAUUUUUUAUAACUACAGUGCCUUGUCCUUGGCUUGAUUUUAAGCAUACGGUUUUUGGAAAAGUAACUCAGGGAACUAAAGUUGUUUUGGAUAUAGAAAAUGUACGUACUGACAAAAAGGACAAACCUUUAGAAAGUAUUAAAAUUUUAAACAUAAAAAUUGAUCAUUAA